AUGCUGCGUCUCUUCGUGCGACAUCUGUCCACACGGACGUCAAGAACGAAAGAGAUUGUUAGGGAUGUUAUAGGGAAUUUAAGAAAAGACUGGGAAGCAGGCAAACCCCUUCAGUACCCGCCCUUGAAGUCGAUGCCGUCUGAUUUCCUGAAAAAAGAUUCCUUAUUUUCAACUAUUUUGUCACAAACGCAGUUCGAACUUCUUCGAAAGUCGGAGCCAGUGACAAACGAGCGCUCGCUAUUUUCUAGACAAUACACGUAUGAAAAUGCCAACAAACUUGUCAACCACCUUGUUGAAAAUGAAGACAAGCUAGAAAAGUAUCCCAUCACCGUGAUUCAAGGCAAAGACGGUCGUUCAACGCUGCACUGCACGAUCCAGAGGAUUGUUGAACAAAUGGCCUAUCACAGACUGAGGCCACUCUAUGCUCAGCAAGUUUACGAGGACUCCUCCAAUUCCCAGAAUUACAACAAGAAUAUGACUUUGAACUCGUUAAAUCUCGACAAUCCCUACGCAUGGUACCCGGAAGCGCGUAAACUCAAAAGGAAGAUCAUCAUGCAUGUUGGGCCUACCAACAGUGGAAAGACAUACAACGCUCUUAAACGGCUCGAGACUAGUUCCAAAGGGUAUUAUGCUGGUCCCUUACGGCUGCUGGCCAGAGAGGUUUUUGAAAAGUUCCAAAAUAAAGGCAUAAGGUGCAACCUGAUGACUGGAGAGGAAGUUCUUCUUGACUCUGACAAGUACGGGAACAAAGCAGGACUAACUUCUGGCACCAUUGAGAUGAUUCCAAUGAGUGAACCGUUCGACGUGGUCGUUGUGGACGAGAUCCAAAUGAUUGGCGACCCAUUUAGGGGGUCUGCAUGGACAAAUGUGAUUUUGGGAGCGCGGGCCAAGGAAAUACAUCUCUGUGGAGAAGUUUCUGCUGUGCCGCUAGUGGAAAAGCUCGUCGCCAUGACUGGAGAUGAUAUUGAGAUUAACAAUUACAACCGUCUUGGGAAGCUUGCUGUGGACAGUGAAGCUAUUUCGCUAGACGAGGUCCAGCGUGGAGAUUGUAUAGUUGCAUUCAGCAAGAAGCAGAUCUUGACGAUCAAGGCUCAGAUCGAACGUGACACCAAUCUCAAAUGUGCUGUUAUAUACGGAGCCCUUCCCCCAGAGACGCGAUCCCAAGAGGCCAGGAUGUUCAACGAUGGAGAGUACGACGUUGUUGUUGCCUCAGAUGCCAUUGGAAUGGGGCUGAACCUGAAAAUCAACCGUGUGGUGUUCACCACACUGGAAAAAUACGAUGGACGAAGAAUGACAGCAUUAUCCAAUUCGAGUAUCAAACAGAUUGGUGGCCGUGCAGGAAGGUUUGGAAUUGGAGAAGGCGUGGGUCAUAUCACUGCUCUAACAGAAGCGGACCUCAACAAGAUACGAGUGGUGAUGCAGGCACCUAUCGAAUAUCUCGACAAAGCUGUUCUUUGGCCGUCAGACCCGCAGUGGAUGCACUAUUAUUCCAUGUUCCCCAAGAACACGAAACUGAUAACCAUGUUUCGUAAGUUUGAGGCCGACUUGGACAAGAGCAUGCGCACCAAUCCUAAAGAAUCGAUCUUUCGCAUACAGCAUAUGGAUGACCAGAUGUCCAUGGCCAAAUUCAUCAAUGAACGCCAUUUGGAAGACGAUUUUGCCAUUUCUGAUCAGCUGCGUUUCAUUUCUUGUCCUUCAGUUCUGAAACUAAAAGAUUCACCAAUGCACGCUAUCCUUACCGACGUCUUCCAAAACUACAUGAUCACAGUUGCUCAGAGACUAAAGCGCUCUGUCUUUGACUACAAGUCAAUGCCAUUGUACUUGACCACAACGAGCCAUUUAUCUUUGGACCCAGCAAAGCCUAAGCUCCACAAGAAUUUCACAAAGUCGUUUGGGGUGGAAGCUGUGCCCGAGCGCAUGAAGAGAAAAAUUGAAAACGCAGCCAGACGCACUAAAGAGAAUCCUUUUAUCGGCAAGAGGACCUACAUUGGUGAUUUCAACCCUAUAGAGGAUAGACUGAUGAGACUCGAGCAAUUUCACAGGUUACUGACCGCUUAUUUGUGGCUUACGUAUCGAUUCCCACAAAACUUUGUUCACCUCGAGCUGGCUACGAAGCUGGUUGUUCUGGUUGAGACAAAAAUUUCAGAAAUGUUGAUGAAUGUCAGUUUUGCAAAACAGAUGCAGGAAAGGUGGCGUGUGCGUUAA